UUUUAAUUUCAAUCCCUAAAUUCCUCUCUCGCAGAAACAUUACAAUCUCUAUAUUUCCUCUGGACAUUCAUGGGAUUACCGUUAACUCCCUAAUUCAUAAAUUAUCCUUUGUUUCUAUCUGGGUUUCCAGCUUUCCCACAAAAUUUCUCGUACUUUCUCACCUGGGUUUCUCUCAGAAUGGGGAAAAACCAAGCUUACAAGGCCAUGCAGCGAGCUCGCCUCGGCUCCAGCUCAGCUGCGCCAGAAGAGAUCGAGGACGGCAUGGUGGAUGGGUCUUUUCAUUCACCAGAGUGGCAUGCUGCUCGUUUGGCCAGCCUUAAAACUUCUCAUACAAUUACCUGGGAAGAAUUCAAAAAGAAGCAAAAGGAAGAUGAAAUAAGAAAGGGUGAACUAGAAGCAGAUACUGAUAGAAUGAUGAGAGAGUACAGAGCUCAAUUAGAUGCUGAAAGGGCACGUAAGCUGGCCCACGGAAGGAAUCACUCUAGCAGUAAAUCUAAUCAUAAAAAAGAUAGGAAGGAUAGAGAUUCAAAGAAGCGCAGCAGCAAAAAGAGAAAGCAUUCAAGGCGCAGAUCUUCUGAUUCAAGCUCCUCAAGUUCAUCCUCGGAAUCUUCAAGUAGUGAUGCUGAAGAAAGAGAAUCAAGAAGAUCAAAGUCCAGGUCUAAGAGAUCAAAGAAAGAAAGGAAGCACAAAUCAAGAACCAAGCACUCUGACACUGACGAUGAAGCUGCUGCUGGUCCUGUGCCACUUUCCAGAUUCUUUGGGAGUCUGAAGAGUUGACAGCACAAUUUUCGAAGAUGGUUGUAUAACUUAAUACAGCUUUCUUUCUGCAGGAGAUGAGUGGGUUCUUUUAUUGAAUUGCCUAGUGAAUUUUAGUGUUAAUUGUUCAUCCUGUACUCAGUGAUGAUGAUGAUGCUGCUGCUUAUUUGGCUUUAUAUCUCCUAUAAAUUGCGUUCCCAGUUCUGCUUUCUUUCUUCUAAUCUAAGCCAGUUAGGUGGAAUUUUUUCAGAAUGACUAAUAAUGGACUGUAUCAUAUGAAUUUGUGUACUAAGUUAUGGAAAAAGCUAUUGAGGUAAGAAAUUGAUGU